GACAUUUUCAAACAGGCAACCGAGGACCGUCUGACCAGCGCCAACGAGCUGCCGUACUUCGAAGGCGACUUCUGGCCAAACGUGCUAGAGGAGAGCAUUAAGGAGUUGGAGCAGGAGGAAGAGGAGCGGAAGAAGGAGGAGAACACAGCUGCUACUGAAACUCCUGAGGGCACGCCAACUGACAGCAAAAAUGCUAAAAAGAAGAACAACAAGAAGACCAACAAAAACAAAAGCAGUUUGAGCCGAGCCAAUAAGAAGAAGCCUGGAAUGCCGAAUGUAGCUAAUGAUUUGUCUCAGAAGCUUUACGCCACCAUGGAGAAGCACAAAGAGGUGUUCUUUGUGAUCCACCUUCAUUCUGGACCCAUGGCCAACACCUUGCCGCCUAUUGUUGACCCCGAUCCGUUGAUCUCCUGUGACCUGAUGGACGGCCGUGAUGCCUUCCUGACUCUGGCGAGGGACAAACACUGGGAGUUCAGCUCCCUUAGGAGGUGCAAGUGGAGCACAAUGUGCAUGCUGGUCGAGCUUCACAACCAAGGACAGGAUCGUUUUGUUUAUACUUGUAAUGAGUGCAAGCAUCACGUGGAGACACGCUGGCACUGUACUGUGUGUGAAGACUUUGAUCUUUGCAUUAAUUGCUACAACACAAAAGGCCAUGAGCACCAGAUGGUGAAGUGGGGUCUUGGCCUGGAUGAUGACAGUAACGGUCAAAGUGGAGAGGCCUCCAAGAGCCCGCAGGAGAGCAGGCGUUUAAGUAUCCAACGCUGUAUUCAGUCUCUGGUCCAUGCUUGUCAGUGUCGCAAUGCCAACUGCGCUCUACCGUCCUGCCAGAAGAUGAAGAGAGUGGUGCAGCACACCAAGGGCUGCAAGCGCAAAACCAACGGCGGCUGCCCUGUUUGCAAGCAGCUUAUCGCUUUAUGUUGUUACCAUGCAAAACACUGUCAGGAGAACAAGUGUCCUGUCCCGUUCUGCCUCAACAUCAAGCACAAGCUUCGCCAGCAGCAGCUGCAGCACCGGCUUCAGCAGGCCCAGCUCAUGAGGAGGAGAAUGGCGACAAUGCAAGGCAGAACUAUGCCACUGCCAUCCCCGCCAGCCUCUGCUGCCCCCAGCACUCCCACCUCCCACACCCAGCCUAACACUCCUCAGACACCCCAGCAGCCAGUUUCCAACCAGCCACAGACUCCCAACUCAGCGGGGGUCAUGUCCCCCUCUUUCCCCAACGCAGCUCGCACUGUCCAGGCCCAGGCGCCAGUUUCCCAGGGCAAGCCUGGGCCCCAGGCCUCCCCUCUACACCAGCAGCAGUCUCCCCUCCCCCAGCCUCCUCAGCCACCUCAACAGCGACCUCCCAUUGCUGCACUCAAGAUGGCCCACCACAUCGAGAAGAUGGCCCAGGCCCAGCAGAAUUACAGGGUCAACAUGAACGGCUUGCCCAUGAAUCCUCAGCAGUCACAACAGCGCAUGGCCGGCCCGAUGCAGCCACCCAUGCAGAUGGUGCCAGGGCCCCACGGGCCACAGGUGGUGCAGCCUAAUAUGGCCCCAGGGCAAUGGCCCACAACCACGAGUGCUAUGCAAGUAUCUCAAACUCAACAGCCAGGCCUUGUCCCAAAUCAAACUCCGCAGCAGGUUCUGACCAUGCAGCGACCCAUCAUGGCUCCUGGACAGCAACCUUCACAGGUCCAGAGGAUGUUAAUACCACAGCAGCCUGGUGCCAGGACACAAACACCCCAAAGYCCUAGUACCAUACCUCCAACCGCUCUWCAAGACCUCCUCCGCACCCUCAAAUCCCCCAGCUCGCCUCAACAGCAGCAGCAAGUUCUGAACAUCCUCAAAUCGAACCCUCAGCUAAUGGCAGCUUUCAUCAAACAACGAACAGCCAAGUAUGCAAAUCAGCCGCAGCAGCAGCCGCAGGCAGGUCAGCAGCAGCAGCAGCAGCAGCAGCCUGGCAUGCCAACCAUGCAGACCAUAGCUAUGCCAGGAGGGCCAGUGCAGAGACCUGGGAUGCCACCUCAGCAGCCCCAGCAGGCUCCUGUGCAGAGCAUGGCUCAGUUAGGGCCUCAAGGGCAGCUGAUGAACGCAGCGCACAACAACCCACAGAUCCAAGAGCUCUACCGUCGCCAGCUGCUAAGACAGCAGCAGCAGCAGCAGCAGCAUCUCGGUCAGUUCCCUGCUCAGGCUCAGGGGACUCCAGCUAUGUACUCUCACCUGCGCAUGCAGCAGCAGCAGCAAAUAGCCAUGCAGGCUGGUGCAGGAUCAGCUGGAGUACCUAUGGGUCAGCUCCCACCAAUGGCUCAGAUGGCUCAGCCUGGCAUGGGGUUGGACUCGACCCAAAACCUGCUGCAUCAACGAUUGCUUCAGCAGCAGCAGCAGCAGCAGCAGCAACAGGCCCAACAUCCCCAGCAGCAGCAGCAGCAGGCCGUCCUCAAGCAGCAGAUGGGCUCCCCCGCCCAGCCAAGCCCCAUGAGUCCUCAGACCCACCUGCUGACUGGCCAAGCUCAGGGUGCAGGCCACCUUCCCAACCAGUCUGGACUCUCCAGCACCCUAAGCAGUCAGGUCCUCUCCCCUGCGCCGGUUCAAUCCCCCUGUCCGCCCACGCAGCCGCAGCCAACACAUUCCAGCCCGUCACCGCAGGUGCAGAACCAACCCCAGCCCUCCCCUCAGCAUCCGCCUGCACCCCAUUCAGGUUCCCCUCACCCAGGCCUCAGUGGGCCCCUGCAGUCCAUGGAGCAGGGACACCUGGGGACACCAGAACAAAGCGCUAUGUUGCCGCAGCUUAACACACCCAGCAGAGGACUGAACAGUGAUCUGGGGAUGGUGGGAGACGCUACAGGGGACACUCUGGAGAAGUUUGUGGAGGGAUUGUAGCAUUUUUAAUGGGAGCUUUAAAAAAAAAAAAGGAAAAAAAACUCUUAUUUCACUCCCAGAAACACGUCCUCUGACUCGUCCCCAGUUUUCUCCCAGACUCUAGAUCCCAUUAGAGGGCUUGUUUGUUCUUUCUAAGGUUGAGAACGUUUGUUUUAUUUUUUUUCCUUCUGUUUUGUACUGACGUGUUAAAAGUUUCAGCUGUUUGGAAAAAAAAAAUAAAAAAAUCGGUCAAGAAAAAAGUUAACGCUUAUAGGGAAUGUAAUUGUUUCCUGAAUCCAAAUGUUGGGUGUUUCUUCCUUAAGAUGUUGAUGGAUUUACGAGUUGCUUCAUAAACAGAAUAAAAUCACAAAGAAUAUAUUUUUUUGGUUGAGACCAAAUGUGUUCAGUACUCAGUUUUAGUUUUUGGUAUGGUUUCAUGCCUUUUUUUAUUUUCAAAGAAAAUGUACAAUGACAUUAUAUCAUUCAUAUCUUUAUUUUGUACCUUUGGAAAUAAGCAUACAUGCAUUUUGUGUUGAAACUGUAAAAUAUUUUGUCUGGGAAUUCACGCCAGGUUUGUGUUCUCUUCUCAAGCUCUCAUUCCUGGCAAUUGUAAUCUAGUAUUGUAUCAUUACUGCGAGACGAUGCGUUCAGGGACAGUGACUGCUUCCUUCAUUUUUGUGUGUAUGAAGAGCACUCAUCUGUAUUAAAGUAGAAAAUGGCCUGCAGCAGGUUGUGUACACAUGGGCAUGUAUGCAGGUACAUAUGAAGACACUGACACAAACCCUCCCAGUCACUAAGACAAACACGACUCUGAAUGGUUUCACCAAGAGAGAAAACGAAGACGUCAACUCUCAGUUCAGAAAAAUCUGUCUUGCAGGUGUAGAAAGUUGUUGCUUUAACAUUAAAGAGUCCUACUUUGUCAUGCAAAUAUUGUAAAGUGUAAAGAAAACGUGAGAGGCCACGCCCCUAAGCUGAGGUGGAAUGGUAACAGGUUGUAGAAAACAUCAUGAAUGAAUUCCAGUCCCCAACAAUUUUACACUAAGUCGUGCACUUUGAAGAGCUUGAAGGUGUAUUUUAAAUUGUGGAAAACUAGUCAUCAACCUUUAUUCCUCUCUCCAAAACUGAACUGAGGGGGAUUUACUUUUUCUCCUAUUGUAAAUCAAGUUAUUACGCAAAAUACUAUAAAUAUAAGGAAGAGAGAAUGAAAUCACUGUAUAAACUGGUAAAAUAUUCAUUUCUUACUUAUAUACAAUAUUGUUAAAUAAACUGCAACAGACGUCCAGUACUCUGUUGACUGAAUGAGGCAAUA